UGCCUUUAUGAUCUUUUUUUGGGUAUAUUUAGAAAUUCAGCACAGUUUUGGCAGUUACAGCUCUGGUAGGUAAGCAGUUCCAUGUGUUAAUAACCCUCUGGGUCAAAAAUAAUUUCCUGUUGUCAGUCGUACAUUUUGGUUUGUUGAACUUGAAACCGUUGCUCUUUGAUUGUAUUACAUCUGAACCAAACUAGCCAAACUUUUUUUGAUAAUGUCAUUGACUGCUUCAUAUCUGGCAAUCUUUCCCUGUGUCUUAUGACAGAUUAGGCCAUGGCUGCCAUAUUGGUCUGCCCAUGCAUAGCCGCAAAUACACCGGUGUUCGGUGGAGAUAGGGGCAGCGAUGGUCAUAGACAGCAAAAAAAUGUAGAUAGUUUACAAAUUAAAAAUAGAUAAAGUGUUGUGGAAUACCAUACUUAAAGGUUGAUUUUCUGCCAAACAGCCCUUCUGCCUGCUUCUCUUUCACCUCCACACAUUCAAAGUUCUGACUUCUCAACUAGUGUACCAACAUAUACUCAAACAUAUUUACCAGCUGCAGAACAAACACCAAAAUCAUUGAAUUCUGUACUUGCUGCAGAACUGGAGGAAAUUUAUGAUUCUCAAGCAAGCAUUUCUGAUUGGCAAAAAAGAAGAAUAAAUAGUGAGAUUAAAUGGGGAGAACGUAGGUCAAUGUUGUUUAGCUGGACAUUGUCGAAGUUGGGUGUUCCAGAUAAAGGUAAAUAACAUCUUUAGUGUGUAAUUAUGGAUAAAUUUCAAUGUAAUUAUGAAAUGCAUGAUUAAUGUCAAUCUCUGAAUACACUUAGAUGUUUGUCAUUUUUAAACUUGGUAUACAAUAUUUCUGAAUCCAGUAUUACCAUUCAAAGUACAUAAUUACAUUAUUUUUUGGAAAACCAGGCAAAUGUUGUGUACAAUGUAGAAGUUGUGAGGCAAGCAUAAAAUGUGAAAACUGCUUUCAUUUUUUGUCAUAAAUGUGAUCAGCAGCAGCAUUUUGUAAUGCCUUUCCACCAGCGAUUCUGCUGGAAAAAUGGGUUCUUCGAGCCUUUAGACCCAACACAAACUGUGUGUUCAGAUGGGAAUGUCAUUCACUGGAAGCCUGUUGUACCAGCACAUCCACCUAAUUCCUGCCCGAACUGCAGUGAGAGCAAGUUCACAACUUUAAGCUCCAAUAAUUUGUGCAUCUUUGUAACUUUAAGUGGUAGGUUACUUUAAGAAACAUUUAUUUGAUACUAGUAUUGGUAGCUGGCAUUGCUCAGGUGACCCAGGCUACAGUCUUCAUCAAUAUAACCAUUUAUACUUCACUCUCUUUACCACUGUAUCUUCACUUAUGAAGACGUAUUUAUAUCACAUACGUAUUUAUAACCAUACAGAGAAUUGUUUAUGGGUUGGUUUACACAUAUUUUGAUAGCCACACUUGAAUCCCUUGCCAAAUAAAAUUGUUUUACUUCAAUUUUUUUUAUUUUUUUGUGGGGGGCAGGAAGGUAUGAUCUGUAUACCCCAAUAUUUAGGUGCAAGUGCGGAUAUGUAGAUAAAGAACUUGGGAAAGCCAUGCACCAGUCUGGUUUUUAUUCAAUUGGAAGAAAUAGUAGCACUUUCUACAGCAUAAAUCUAUUGGAUUCCUGGCAUUUUCUCAAGAGAAGCAGCCCUGGAACUUCUCUUCAGGCAUUAGUUAGUGCACUGGAAUUAUUUGGUGCUUCUCGAGGGCGUCAUGGUCCCAUCAAUUUUGAGACAACAAAAAGAGUCUUCUUUGAAUGGCGUUUCCAUCAGUAUGAACUUGGGAGAAUAAAAGGAGAAUUUGACAAGGGGUGCCCUGCAUGUGAUACAACACCUGUGGCUGUACAUAUUGAUGGCAACAAGAAACUGUAUCGUUACAACAAAGUUGGGAGAGGGAUCAGAAACUCAUAUUAUUCUGGUGGUAUCUUCGCUUGUGACAAAGAAGUUCAAGAUCACGUUUCCACUAUUCAGAACCUUAAAACUCAAAGUAGCCAUAUGUGUGGAGUGUCGACAUUGAAAGCUGCCAAAAAUAAACCUGUUUCAUUUAGAAGUUUGGAUGAAACUAGCAUAAGCAUGGCUUCCUGUCGACAUGGAAUUAUUCUUGCUGCAUUAAAUAUGUAUCAGGGAGACCUCUAAAGUUAUGCCCACUAUUUGCAAAUGAACCGUUUACAAAAUGUGUCCUUCAUAUGCCAGGAUAUCAUCUGUAAAUACUGGCCAUGGGCCUUAAAGAUUUCAUCAAGAGAACAGAAGUUCUCACUUGGGCAAGGAAAGCCUUUUUUAGGAGUCCUACAUGCCAAAGGACAUUCUUGGUAUUGUCAGGUUUUGUAUAGAGGGCGGUGGCAAGAAGGAAGUGGCCUGACAUCUGGGGAGGAGGCAGAGCAAGUAUUUUCCUACCUUUCAAGAUAUAACAACAACACUAAGAACAUGCUUAAAGCUGAGCGUACAGAAGAACUGACAGAGGGGGCACUCUUUUGGAAUCACAGAAAAAUUAAUGGAAUGCCUCAGGCAUUAGUUGCCAGAUUCAGAAAGGCCACAGAGACAGCUGCAGCAGUUUCAAAUGAGAUUCACAGGCUUAAUGUCCCAGAAUCUGUAAUUGAGAAAUGGAGAUCAGAAUUACUGAUCAUUGCAAGAUCCUUAAAUAACAGAUCCUCUGCCAAUAACAUUGAGCAUACUAUCGAGGCAUAUGGAGAGAAUAUAAGGCAUCGCAAAAAUCAGAUUACCACUUAUGCAGUUUCAUCUAAAAUGAGAGCUGUAUUGAGAAACAAAAAUGAAGUUGAGAAAAAAAAACUACGAGAUCUCAUAAAAAUCUACAAUCAGAACCAUCCGGAUUUGUCUGAAGCAGAUGUUUUAACUGGCAUCCUUCCAUGGCACAAUUUAUUGCUUCAUCAAAACACAAGUGUGUCCCUGACUGAAAAAAGAAGUGCAGUGGAAAAGUUUGAGCUCCAGAAGAGAUGUAGAGAGGAGGAAUCACUAACCAUUCAAGAAAUGAUAACAUGGUUACAGUGCUACAAAAAGAAAAGGGACAAACUAUCCGAGUAUAUUCAAGAAUUACAAUGUGAUUCUUUCCCUUCAUGUCUCUGCAAGAUAAGACAUUCAAAAUACUUUUUGCAAUUUAGAUCUUCAAAACACUCAACUCACUUAAAUGUGUUCAAUUAGUCAGAGUAAUAUUGCCAUCACCUUUCACAUUUAAACUAUGAAACACUUCCAUUUUCAAGAGUGGUACUGUGGAGAAUAUGGCUUUUAUUAUUAUUUGUAUCCUUUUGUUUUACUUAAUCUAUACUUUUAUAUAUUUGCAUUAUGUAC